AUGUUAGAGAAUCUGCGUCAAAAGCUGCAGAGCGUUCAUCUUGCGCCUCUCCGUCCUUUGCGCGCGUCUUUCAGCGUCCUCAACCGCUUUCCAGAAAUCGCCCGCGGGCCCGCCCGCCCGCCCGGCCGCGAUCCGAUCCGCGAUCCGAUCCGCGCACCUCCCCAUCUCCCCAUCUCCCCAUCUCCCCAUCUCCCCCAUCUCCUACCUCACGCACCAAUGCUUCCUUUUCUGGCUGCCAUCUUGGCCAUUUCCAGGCUCGCCAGCGCCUCGCCCUUCUUCGUCUUUGACAGCACCGCCUACACCAACACCACCAUUGGCUUCGGCACCUCCCACAUCAACUGGAUCCCCGCCUACGUCUGCAACCCGCUCGUCGCCGACGGCGCCCUGCCGACGCAGCAGGCCUGGCAGCGCAUCGUCACGCAGUGGGCCGUGCACCCGGGCUACCCCCUCGUGCUCGACUGCGAAAACAUUUACCUGAAAUCGGCCGCGACGGCAGACGCCAAUCUCGCCACGAUGCAGACGCUGCAGACGUGGGCGGCCGCCGUGCUCCCGCGGGAGGGGGGGGGCCAAAUCAUUGGCUGGUACGGGCUCGCGGGCAACACGCCGCCGGCGCUGUUUGGCCACUACAGGAAGCUGAUUGCCAACCACAGCAGCCACGCGCUUUUUCCGUCGGCGUAUACGUUUUCCGGCAGUUUCGACGAGUGGCGCGAGAGGCUGGGGACGGUGCUUGCGCAGAGCAAAGCGAUUGAUGGCGCGCUGCCCGUCUGGCCGUUUGUGUGGCCGCAGUACCACAACAGCCCGUUUGCGUUUUAUCCAGUCAGUCUCUGGCAGAGUCAGCUGAGAGCGCUAGAGGGACAUGAGGAUGUGGAUGGGUUCGUCGUGUGGGGUGGCAAGAAUCACGCAGUCUGCAAUGAUGCUUGCCAGAGGGUUGCGGGAGAGCAGCCGUGGCUCGACGCUACACGGUCCUUUUUGGGGGAGUUGUACGGUAUUUUUAAUCAGUCGCCAGAGAGAUCUGGGCGUCAAGCAUUUGUGGGAGUUUAG